AUGUAUAGUUGUAGGGACAGUAGUUAUGUUUCUUUAACAGCCACCUGUCAAGGGAUUUGCUUCAUCCAUCCUGUUCCAACAAGCACAAGUCCUCCUAAAACAUCAGCUGGGACAAAAGCUGUGACUACACAAGGCAAAACAUCAUCUGAACAUAAAAGCAGUACUUUAUCAGCUUUGUGGACGGUUCAAACUUCCCCGACGACCACAUUUCCAGUAGUGACGAAGGUCGAUGACCUCAAGAAAGACACCAACUGCUUUUCCCAUUAUCUGGCAAUCGCUAUUUUAUCAGCAUUUUUGUUUAUAGUCAUGAUCAUCCUCGCUGUGGUUUUGAUACUGCUUCGAAAAAAACAACAUCAAAUAGCCUCAAGAAACAAAGCUGUCAAAACGUAA